AGCCGUUUUGGCUCAAGGCCCGGCCGUUUCAGGUGGGGUUGGGCCCUUGGUUGGCCAACUCGGUGCCACAGCCACGCCGCGGCGCUUCUCGCGAUGAGGCUCAAGAUCGGUCUUGAGGAGGAGCAUCGGAAGCACACGUCUAUCGUCACAGCCGUAGGCUACUACAAGACCGCGAAGCAGUACGAGGUGUUGUCUUGCAGCGACGACCAGUCUGUAUGGAAGUGGCACGUGGAGGGCGCGCCCAUCUCCAAGCUUUGCAAUCUCGACUCGUACUGCACGGCCAUGGCGUGGCUGCCCAACAACAGGGGGCCGGACAACACCUUCGCCCUGGGGUGUGCGGACGGCACGUUCCGGCUCAUGAGCGACGCGGGCCGCGAGGAGAAGAAGGUGGACGCGCAUAGGGGAGCCCUGAUUUCCGUGAAAUGGUCCUUCGACGGCUCCGCGAUCGCCACGGCAGGCGAGGACGGAUCGGUGAAGGUUUGGUCACGCAGCGGGAUGCUCAGAUCCACGCUCACGCAGAUGCCACAGGCAGUGUAUUCGGUGGUGUGGUCUCCAGACUGCGAGAGCCUCCUCUUCGCGUGCGGGUCCAAGAUCCACCUGAAGUCGAUCCAGGCCGGCCAGAAGCAGGUCGAGUGGAAAGCGCACGACGGCAUUGUGCUGCAGCUCGACUGGUCCUUCGUGAACAACACGAUCCUGUCCGCGGGCGAGGACUGCCGUUACAAGAUCUGGGACUCCUAUGGCCGGUUGCUCUUCAACAGCGCGCCCCUCGACCACGUUGUCACGUCCGUGGCCUGGUCGCCCACGGGCAAGCACUUCGCGGUGGGGUCCUACAACUUGGUGAAGCUGUGCGACCGCACGGGCUGGUCCUACUGCCGCGCGUCGCCCGAGACGGGGUCCAUCUUCGCCAUCUCGUGGUGCAACGACGGCACGCAGUUCGCGUGCGGCUGUGGCAACGGGUCCGUCGUCCUCGCCAGCCUCGUCGAUCGUACGAUAUCCUGGCAGAACACCGACGUGACGCUGGACGAGAGCAACUCGAUCACUGUGCACGACGUGCUGAGCGAGACUCGGGAGGAUCUGGGAGACUUCAGGGACAGAGUGACGGACAUGUCCCUCGCAUACGGAGCCCUGGUUGUCACAACGAACACCCAGUGCUUCAUCUACCAGCAGAGCAACUGGAACACGCCGCACGUCGAGGAUCUCAAGGAACCGCCUACCCUAAUCGUGCAGUGCCCAUCCCACUUUGCGCUGGUCGAUGCGACCGCCAUCAAGGUGAUCUCCUACGAGGGGCGCGUUAUGUCCACCAUCGCCUUCAGCGGCCUCCGCACCGAGUUCCUGAACCACCAGACACUCAGCAUAUGCAAGGACGCCGUGGCCCUCUGCGACCCAUCCUCGCCGAAGCAGAUCCGCGUCUUCGACGUCUACACGGGCCGCCCCAUUGGGCAGCCCUUGCAGCACAAGCUUGACAUCGUCCGCAUCUCCUUGAGCCAGAUGGGGUCCGGCUCGGACCGCAAGAUCGCCAUCCUGGACAAGAACAAGGACCUCUACCUCACCAAGGCCAUGCAGGCGGAUCGGACCGAGAAGCUGGGCAGCAUGGCGGACAGCUUUAUGUGGGGCGACUCUACUGACAUGCUCAUUGCCUUGAUGGACGACAAGCUGGCCAUCUUCAUCUACCCAGCAGUCUGCUUCGUGGACAAGGACUUGCUGCCCAAGACCCUGGAAACCAAGAUCUGCACAGACGCAGGCAAGCACGCCCAGAUCGUAGCAUUUACCGGUUCCCAGUGCACCAUACGCAAGGCCGAUGGUGCUGAUCUAGUAAUGACCACCAUGCCUUACCCACAGCUGCUGUAUCAGCACUACGAGAAGGGCCAAUGGGAGCAGGCGGUGCGUCUCUGCCGAUACGUCAAGUCGCCCAAGCUUUGGGCGUCGCUGGCGGCCAUGGCCAUCCAGUCACGCUCCCUCGAAACGGUGGAGAUCGCACUCGCAGCUAUCGAGGAGGUCGACAAGCUGCAGUUUGUCUCCCACAUCGGCCGCCUCCCAGACGAGGUGCUUCGCUCCGCGGAGCUGGCCCUCUUCUGCAAGAGACCCGAGGAGGCGCUCAAUAUCCUGAAGCAGAACAAGCGCAUCUACCGGGCGAUCAAGAUGAACAUCCGCUUGCACCGUUGGAACGACGCGCUGGAGCUCGCGCUCAAGCACCAAACUCAUGUCGACACCGUGCUUGCAUAUCGCCAGCAACACUUGGAGCAGAUGAAGCACGUCGAGACGAACGAGCAAUUCCAGUCGUGGUCGCAGCAGAUCGCCGUCAAUUGGGAGGACAUCAAGAUGAAGAUCAAGAACGAGAAGGAUAUCGAGCUCAGGAACGCCAACGCAGAUGGCGCCGACCAGCCGUGACGGCCAGGGGCAACACGCGUGUGCCCGGGCUUUCACAGUCGACGUGGCGGGGGAAUUGGAG